AUGAAGUUUCGAUCGGUUCUUGGACUUCAUAUGAGCAUGGACCCUGUGCUGCUAGAUGCAUGCGGCGACGUUUUGGCUGCGCAGUUUGCUGGCGUCACCAAGGUCUUGACAGGUGCUCCAGUGCAAGGCCUCUCUGUGGCAUAUGUUGUUGCCAGACAUUGCGAAGUACCUAUGAUCUUUGCCCGUACUGGUGUCCCCCUCACCAUGAAAGGCCAGAGAAUUCUGAGUGCGCAGGCACCCACUGGGACUUUUAACGUCUCGGCGGAGUUCUUUGGUCCUUCGGAUCGGGUUCUGAUCGUCGAUGACUUCUUGGCCUCUGGGCAAACUGCCAAAGCCUUGCAGCAGAUCUGCCACCCGACCAGACAUGGAAGUUGGCUGGUUUCGAUGUUGACCUGCAAAUUGAAUGCUUCAAUUUUCCCCCCCCUCGGACUUGCCCCAUCUCAGACUUAG